CGCAGGCGCGGGGCGGCGGCGGCGGCGGGUGGCGCGGGCUGCCCUCGCUCAGCAUUAUGGAUCCAAGCCUGUUAAGAGAGCGGGAGCUAUUCAAAAAACGAGCCCUUUCUACUCCUGUGGUAGAAAAGCGGGCAGUAACUUCUGAGUCCUCAUCUUCGUCCAAGAAGAAGAAGGCAAAGGUAGAACAUGGAGCGUCAUCAAGCUCUAAGCAGCAUUCUGACCAUAACAAUGGAUCAUUUAACUUGAAAGCUCUAUCAGGAAGCUCUGGAUAUAAGUUUGGCGUUCUUGCUAAGAUUGUGAAUUACAUGAAAACACGCCACCAACGAGGAGAUACACACCCUCUAACUUUAGAAGAGAUUUUGGAUGAAACACAGCAUUUAGAUAUUGGGCUCAAGCAGAAGCAAUGGCUAAUGACUGAGGCAUUAGUCAACAAUCCCAAAAUUGAAGUAAUAGAUGGGAAAUAUGCCUUCAAACCCAAGUACAACUUGAAAGAUAAGAAGGCCUUGCUCAGGCUUUUGGAUAACCAUGACCAGCGAGGACUAGGAGGAAUUCUUUUAGAAGACAUAGAAGAAGGACUGCCUAAUUCCCAGAAAGCUGUCAAGGCUUUAGGCGACCAGAUACUAUUUGUAAAUCGUCCCGAUAAGAAGAAAAUACUUUUUUUCAAUGAUAAGAGCUGCCAGUUUUCUGUGGAUGAAGAAUUCCAGAAGCUGUGGAGGAGUGUCACUGUGGAUUCAAUGGAUGAAGAGAAAAUUGAAGAGUAUCUGAAGCGACAGGGUAUUUCUUCCAUGCAGGAGUCUGGACCAAAGAAAGUGGCCUCUAUUCAGAGAAGAAAAAAGCCUGCUUCACAGAAAAAGCGACGGUUUAAGACUCAUAAUGAACACUUGGCUGGAGUGCUGAAGGAUUACUCAGACAUUACCCCUAACAAAUAAGGGACACGUCUGUCCUUGAACAGAGUCACAGAUACACAAUCAGGAUCUUUCUUGUUCAUGCUUGGGGACUGAAGACUGUCUUCCCAUGUGCUGCCAACCAAGGAGCAGCUCAGUUUACAGAACAAGUACGAAUUACCAAACUCAGCUGAUUUGAAUUCAAUAGGCUAAUGAGAACUGUGAUGUUCCUGCUAACCUUACUCUGUUACUUCCUGGGACAAAGGUGUCUUUGCUAUUUAUCUCUAUUUUUAAAUGGUUCCUGGUUCCAUUUUUCUCUUUAUUACUUUAGUGAAGGUUGGCAGAUAGUCUUGAACACAAUAUUUGUUUAUUCCAAAAGAACAUAUUUAUAAUAAAAUCAUUGUACAAGGAUUUUUACCAAGUUAGUGAA